CUUUAUAUCUCCAUGUAUAAUGUGGGCGGGUUACUCAGUGUAAUGUUCCUAUUGGACCGCUGCAGAUUGCGACUAGUUCUCCUGGAAGAUCUUUGUAUUAAUCUCAGAGGAACAGUUAUGUGAUUUCCACUAUCGUGAUAGUGACUAGCAGUUUGCCCCCGUGUCAUUGCCUUUUUCUUUUUUCCUGUCUUCUGUUUUAUUUUCUUCAAAAGGAAGCUUGGCGGGGAGGUGCGUGUCAUAAGAGUGGGAAGGGAAAGGGCUGGGACAAAGGAAACCUGACAUUACAAGGACCGUUGAUGGGUGGACCAUUCUAUGAUGAACAGAACUGGUGGCAGCUGAUAACUUUUGAGGGAUUUUCACAGAAACAUUUUUUUCCGGUUGCUUUUCUCCUUCCUCCAUUGAAGUUCUGUCACAGUGUGCAACAUGCAUUAACAAAAAUGGAAAAAAAAUCAAAUAAAGCAAGCAGGUUCCCUCUUGGACAUGUUGUUCUGUCCCAUGAUGUCUUGUGUUUGUGCAUUCAAAGUACUGUAAGCUAAAUCUCAGUCCUGACCAUUCUCAAGCAGUCUUUUGGCUGGUAUCGGGAGAUUAGACCAGUGAGAUUUUACAGUGCUUCAAGCAAACUGGACUGGUCAUUGGAGUUUUGGGUAGGCCUGCAGAGGAUUAAAUGCAUCAAAUGCAUUCCCUUACAGCUAGCAGGUGUACAGUAUAAGUUUGGCCGUAGAUGUGUGGAACAGAGGAUAUGAAUAGCAACGCAGAUGAAGUGAGGACCAAUAGUCUGGACACACCGCUGUGGCUAUUUCUUGCUGAAUACUUUGACAUUCAACAAUUGAAUAAUGUCAGAGGAUGAUGACAGAGGUGGAGUCUAAGUGUACACUUACACUAACUCAUGUUAAAGGCUUGGUAAUAUGUGUUAACAGUUAAAGGAGGUCACACAUUGUGCUGUGAAUGAUAAACUGUUGAAGCACUUUUUCGAGCUGUCAGAGAUUAAGCAAGCAGACAUGGACACUCACGGGAAACAAGGUGAAGUUUACCUGCAACAUCAGAAACAUGGCGAGAAGUGGAAGCGAUAUUGGUUGGCCCUUCAUCCAGCUAGUCGGCACGGCGUGGCACGGUUAGAAUUAUCAGAAGCCGUUCAUGAACGGUCAACUGUGGUGGUCAGACGACAUCCAGAGAGGAAAGUUGUACGUCUGGCCGACUGUGUGAGUGUCGUCAAGCUGCCGCCUCAUGCAGAGGCUUGUCCAGGGGAAAACAUGGCUGCUUUCUGUGUGGAGAUGGAGGACAGGAGGCUUGUGUUUGCAACAGAGAAAGAAAGCUGUGGAGAAUGGGUGUACAUAAUAUGUAACAAUGCCUUUCAGAAACACACUAAAAGUGUGCCACGGCCGGUACCUCUUAUGGAGGACAAUCAGAUCUACAUGUCCAGAGAACAAUUGUGCGAUUUUAAAGUGGUUGUACUGCAGAACGAGGCUUCAGUUCGAUGUGGUCUGAAAGGACAGUACUGGCUACAAGCUGGUGAGGACAUGCUAGUUCUUCAAGAUCUGGAGACCAGGAGGACUGUAAUGGAGUGGCCAUAUAAGCUGCUGCGCCGCUAUGGUCGAGAUAAGAUGCUGUUUUCUAUAGAAGCAGGCAGGCGCUGUGAAUCGGGCCCUGGAACCUUUAACUUUGAGACCAGACAGAGUGACGAGAUCAUUCGCCUUACCGAGUCGGCUAUUCGCCUACAGAAGAGCCUUGCCGUUACUGAAGACAGGCACUCGCCACAUUCUCCACGUUCUCGUUCUCCUCGCUCACCCAUUCCAAGACGCCCUGAUAGUUUUAUUUUGCUUGAUACGGAGGGCAGCAACAGCCCUCAGCCUUCAGACACAAAACUGCCCUUGAACCCUAAUCCAGCAGAUGUCCUUGGCCCAAACAUAUAUGCUGUACAUACAAAACCUGCAAGUCCUAUUGGCUUAACCGAACCGAAAGAUUCCAUUUGCUCCUUAAAAAGCACACACUCAGAUCCUGGUGGCGGUAUUAGCUUGAUUGAGCCUGUGUAUUCAAAUCCUGCAAUUUUAAUAGGCAGACAUGAACCUGUGUAUGCAGAUAUAAAGACAGAUCCUCUCCCAUCUCAUCAUAAGGAUGAAUCAGAACCAGUGUAUUCUGAUCCUGCAGAUGUCAUCCGCCCGAAACUUAACAAUUGUGUCCAUGCCAACCCUACUGACACGAUGGACUGCCGGCCUGUCAAGACAACGCCAAACAAUGACAAGCAGCAAGAAUCGGUGUACUCUGAGGUGUACGACCAUGUCAAACUAAACACAAGUAAAAGACUUGACCAGACUGAAGAGCCCAUUUAUAGUGUACCUGAGUUUGUACAGUCAACUAAAAACGACAGCUCUCAACAAAACAAAAUGCCUGAUGAAAACCAAUCCAUCUACAACAAAGUUUACAAACCACCCAAAACCCCUCACCAAGAAAAGAAGCUAAGCCAAACACCAGAGAUUGUCUCUGAGGACCUUGGAAUGAUUUAAUUAAAUCUGUAAUAUAAAGUCUUUACAAGUAGCUCUUAAUAUUUAAUAUUUGAAAUGUUAUCCCCCCAACCCACCCACCCAAUAAUGUCAUUAUUUAUUAAUCCAUUCUACAAAAUAUUGUGGAAUGAUGACUUCAUAUAAAUUUUCUAUUGUGAAACA